AUGGCGGUCAAUUUCCCUGCCGAAGAAGCGUCGACGCUCAAGCACUGGCGCGAGAUUGACGCCUUCCAGACACAACUCAGACUCUCUCAGGGUAAGAAGCCAUAUACAUUCUACGACGGACCGCCGUUCGCGACAGGUCUGCCACACUAUGGCCACUUGCUAGCUUCUACAAUUAAGGAUAUCAUCCCCAGAUAUUGGUCUAUGAAGGGUCACUAUGUGCAACGCAGAUUUGGCUGGGAUACACAUGGUCUGCCUAUUGAGUACGAGAUUGACAAGAAAUACGGCAAGUCUGCUCAAGAAUACGUGAAAGAGAAGGGUAUCGAAAGCUACAAUGCGGAAUGCAAGGCUAUUGUCAUGACAUAUGCUCAAGAAUGGCGGGAGACCAUCGACCGAUUGGGCAGGUGGAUUGACUUCGACAAUGACUACAAAACUAUGGAUGCUAGCUUCAUGGAGUCAGUGUGGUGGGUGUUCAAGCAGCUGUUUGACAAAGGUCUUGUCUAUCGAAGCUACAGAGUUGUCCCCUUCUCAACUGCCCUUGGUACACCUCUAAGUCAACACGAAGCUUCCCAGAACUACAAAGAGACACAAGACCCUGCUGUCGUGGUCUCCUUCCCUCUCCUAGACGACCCAUCCACGAGUUUACUUGCAUGGACUACAACACCGUGGACCUUGCCCUCGAAUACAGCCCUCGCGGUGCACCCAGACUUUGAGUAUAUUAAGAUCAAAGACGAGGCUUCUGGCAGCCAGUACGUGUUGCAGGCAGACCUACUAAAGACGUUGUACAAAGACCCAAAGAAAGCGAAGUUUCAGAUCCUGCAAAAAUACCAGGGGAAAGAGUUGCAAGGUUUGAAGUAUGUGCCACUGUUCACAUAUUUCUAUGACCAGUUCAAAGAUCGUGCAUUCAAGGUACUCUUGGCUGAAUACGUCACAAAAGAUGAUGGUGUGGGUAUUGUACACCAGGCUCCCUCUUUCGGUGAGGAUGAUUUUCGUGUCGGCCAACAGAAUGGCACGUUCUCCGCCGAUCAACCUCCCCCUAAUCCCGUGGAUAGUCAAGGACGGUUUACUAGCGAGGUGUCAGACUUUACUGGCAUGCAUGUGAAAGAGGCGGACAAGCACAUCAUCAAACAUCUUAAAUCUACUGGUCGGCUAGUAAAAGACGGUCAGAUUACUCACAACUACCCCUUUUGCUGGCGGUCUGACACACCUCUGAUCUAUCGAGGUAUUCCAGCUUGGUACAUCAACAUCACAGGCAAUGAGAAGAACGAUUCUAUUGUCCCGCUCAUGCUUGAUGGUAUUGCGAAAUCACAUUGGGUCCCGGAUUUUGUCAAGACGAAACGAUUCGCAGAUUGGAUAAAGAAUGCUAGAGAUUGGAACGUCUCGCGUAAUCGAUAUUGGGGCACUCCCAUGCCACUAUGGUGCAAUGAGGACUUCAGUGAGAUUGUCUGCAUAGGCAGUACCGAAGAGUUGAAGAAGCUCAGCGGCCACGAAGGAGAUAUCGAUGAUCUGCACCGAGACAAGAUCGACAAGAUCACCAUCAAAGGCAAAGACGGCAAACCGCUACGACGUAUUGAAGAGGUCUUUGACUGCUGGUUCGAGUCUGGCAGUAUGCCCUAUGCCUCCAUCCACUAUCCUUUCGAGAACAAAGAGUAUUUUGAGAAGACGUUCCCUGGCGACUUUAUUGCUGAGGGUCUCGAUCAAACUCGAGGUUGGUUCUACACACUGGUAGUUCUGGGUGUGCAUCUGAAAAAGAUUCUACCCUUCCAAAAUGUGGUCGUCAACGGCAUUGUGCAAGCUGCAGAUGGAAAGAAGAUGUCCAAACGUCUGAAGAACUAUCCAGAUCCUGUUGAGGUCAUUGACAAAUAUGGUGCUGAUGCUCUUCGUCUGUACAUGAUCAACUCGCCGGUCGUGAAGGGAGAAGAGUUGCGUUUCAAAGAAGCUGGUGUAAAAGAGAUUGUGUCGAAAGUACUACUCCCUCUGUACAACAGCUACAAUUUCUUCAAGGACCAGGUCAGUCUGCUGGCAAAAUUUGAAAGCAUCGACUACUGCUUCGACCCCAAAGCAGGAACGACGAACACGAACGUUAUGGACAAAUGGAUUUUGGCUUCAACACAAACCCUGCUCGAGUACGUCAACGCUGAAAUGGCUGCUUACAGGUUAUAUACGGUGGUACCUGGACUGCUCGAACUCCUCGAAGAUACCACAAAUUGGUAUAUUAAGUUCAACCGAAAGCGGUUUAAGGGCGAGCUUGGCCGAGAGGAUACUGUUCAUGCCCUGAACACACUUUUCGAGGUGUUAUUCACUCUUGUGCGUGCGCUAGCACCCUUCAUUCCGUUCGUCACAGACAUGAUUUACCAGAAGCUGUUGCCGUAUAUCCCCAAAGAGUUGCAUAGCGAGGACAUGCGAUCAGUACACUUUUUGGCUUUCCCUGAAGUGAGAUCAGAAUUAAAAGACCCUGUGGUCGAGCGACGAAUUGCGCGAAUGCGAAGUGUUAUUGAGCUUGUCCGUCAAUCGCGCGAGAGAAGGACAGUGAGCUUGAGGACACCACUGAAGACGCUAGUAGUCAUUCACAAUGAUCAAGAAUAUCUCGAUGAUAUCAAGUCAUUGGAAGGAUAUAUUACGGAAGAGCUGAAUCUGCGAGACUUGGUAUUGAGUUCUGACGAGAGCAAAUACAAUGUGCAGUAUAGUGUCGCGUUAAAUUUCCAGAAAGUGGGCAAGAAGUUGAGAGGCGAUGCCAAGAAGGUGCAGAAGGCACUCCAAGAGCUCGGAUCCAGUGAAUGCAAGGAAUACCUGAGUUCAGGAAAGAUUACUGUUGCUGGAGUUCUGUUAGAAGAAGGAGAUCUUAUCGUGAAAAGAGGUUUGCCUCAGGACAAAGCUUCGGAAACGCAAGAGACGAACAGUGACAACGAAGUGCUGACUAUUCUGGAUGUUGCCGUUUAUCCUGAGCUGGCACAAGAAGGCCUUGCUCGAGAGAUUAUUGCUCGGGUUCAACAAUUGAGAAAGAAGGCUGGACUGAAGACGACAGACGAUGUGAAAAUGGAAUAUAGAGUCAAGAACGAUCCCCAGAACGUUGGCCUUGAGUCAUGCUUCGAGCAGCAAGGAGCGUUUAUUGAAAAGGCAUUGAGGAGACCAGUCGAUAAGCACCAUGUUACUGAGGUUGAGCCAGUCCAAAAUGGCAUCAAAGAAGACAUCAUCAUGGAAGAAGAUCAAGAGGUCCAGGAGGCAACGUUCCUGCUGCGCUUGGUGAGAUUAUGA